UUUUACUGUAUUUCGUGGAAUCUCAGCUCUUAGCGUCCACUCUUUUCCAUCGCCUCUGAUGAACCUCCCUCUCCUGCACACCUCGUCUUUUUCUGCUACUUUAAAACGUUGUCGCAUCAAUGUCUACAAAUUCACCCCACCGAAAAUAAUCUCCCGCUCCGUUUCUUCACGCCGGCGCCACCACCGUCGUCGUCUCCUCAAACACCACCCGGACGCCGAUCACCGCUCUCCUCCAACGGUCAAUCAAAACCUCCAAAUUGUCCUAACCGUUGACCGACUUUCAAACUCCAAACCAGUGACUUACAUAUCUGAACUCGUGGAUGCUUCUCAGUCGAAGCUCAGUCGGUUCAUUUAUGCCGCCGACGAUGCGUUUGAAAACCUUCGGACUCUUGUAACUGUGGAUGGAGCUACCAAACGAGUUGUUGUGUCGUGCCGGAGGUCGACGGUUCAUUUUCUAGGAUUUGUUUCUCUCAAGUUUGGUUAUUAUUUUUUUUUUAGGGUUUUGAUUAAAUUGUUAAUUGGAAAUAGUGAUAGUUUUAGUGAAAAUAAUGGUGGAGUAAUUUAUAGAAGGGAUCGGAGUUUGGGUGGUAGAGAAGUUGCUGUAGCGAAAGUAGAUACAAAUUUUAGAAAAAACGAAAACAAAAAGAAGGGAAGUGAAAACAAUAUCUUAAUGCUGAUGUUGGAGAGCGAAAAUGAGAUAAAGAGGCCGUUUUGGGAAAGGAGGAAGAAGAGGUCGGCAGAGAAACUGCCUCAAUGGUGGCCGGUCUCCAGUCAAGGUCCCGGUUUGCUGGUGGAGAAUAAAGAGGAGUAUCAGAUGAUGGCUAACCGGUUAAUUCAAGGUAAAGACCUAUAUUUCUCAAACUUGCAGUGUUGUGGUCAUACAUUUCUCUUCGAAUUACAGCUUAUACAUUUCCUUUCCAGCAUCAUGGACAAAAGAAUCAGAGGGGAAGACAUUUCAAUGGAUGAUAUAGUCCAAUUGCGCCGUAUAUGCAGAAUAUCUGGUGUGAGGGUUUUGAUUGAGGUGGAGAAUGCCCGAGAUUCAAUUUAUCGUGCAUCAGUUGACUUUGUUUUGCAGUGCUGUGAAAGGAUAGAAAAUCAAUCGGCUUUCAUUAACAUUGAUGGUGAGGAUGUCCACCAUUUCAUUGCUGGGCUCGCUGAAAACAUCGGUCUUGAGAACAGUCGUGCGUCAAGAAUGGUGUCGGCUGUGGCUGCACGUACUCGCUCCCGGUUCUUGCAGGCCUGGGCCCUGAAAAUACAAGGUAAUCAUUCUGAAGCAGUUGCUGAACUAUUAAAGAUAUGCCUCAUUCACAAGAUAUUUCCUCCUGAAGAGAGCUCGGCUGAGAUGGAAAUGGUUGCCCGAGGACUUGAAAAGCAGUUAAAUGUGGAUCAAAGAGAACUUUUGUUAAACAUGCUCAUUAGGACAUGUGGUGAAGGGACACGUAGAAGCAUGACUGAAGCUCUGGGUCUGAUACAACCACCUCAGAGUGAUGUUGAACAAGAAAAGAGGGUUUCUUAAGUUGCACAGGACAUUUUACAGCAGCUUCAAUCAAGCCUUGACGCUCGAAAAAUACAUAUUGUGUAUAUGAAUUAGUUAUUGUCUCCUCUUUGUUGCUUUAUUAAUAUUACAUUCCAUCAACAACUAUGAUGCAUACAUAUUUGACAAGCUUUUUGCUUCAAUUGAAGUCCAGUCUUAUGGAAUUCCAAGUUGCUCGCCUACUUUCA